AUGAGGGGAAUCAUUCUCGCACUAGUGCUCACCCUUGUAGGUAGCCAGAAAUUUGACAUUGACCCUGGAUUCAGUAGCAAAAGGAUCCACUUGUACAGCUAUGAAGGGUGGGUGUUGAAUGGGCUUCAAGAAAAGAAUUUGGCCAAAGCUGGAGUGCGCCUGAGCAGCAAAGUAGAGAUCAGUGAGCUCUCUGAGAACACUCACCUCCUCAAGAUCCGCUCUCCACAAUUUGAGGAAUACAAUGGGAUCUGGCCCAGGGAUUCCUUCACUCGAUCUCCCAAAAUCACCCAGAUUUUCUCCUCAUGUUUUAAUCGGCCUUUCAAGUUUGAAUACAACAGUGGACGGGUUGGAAAUAUUUAUGGCCCAGAAGACUGCCCCGAUAUGUGUAUUAACAUAGUGAAAGGAAUACUGAACAUGAUACAGAUAACCAUUAAAAAGUCACAGAAUGUGUAUGAAUUGCAAGAGGCUGGAAUUGGAGGUGUUUGCCACACAAGAUACAUCAUCCAGGAAGACAGAAAGAACAGCCGGGUCUCUGUUACCAAAACUGUAGACCAAACCAAUUGCCAGGAGAAGGUGAUGAAGAGUGUUGGAAUGGCUUACAUCUAUCCUUGUCCUGUCGACACCAUGAAAGAAAGGCUCAUAAAAGGGACUGCUGCAUUCUCCUACAAACUGAAGCAGUCAGAUGGGGGUACCCUGAUCACAGAAGUGGUGUCACAGCAGGUCUACCAGAUCUCUCCGCUCAGUGAACCUACCGGGGUUGCUGUCACGGAAGCAAGACAACAACUCACCUUGCUGGAAGUGAGAAGUGAACGGGGAAGCACCCCAGACAUUUCCAUGCAGAGCUAUGGAAGCCUUCGUUACCAGUUCCCAUCAGCACUGCCACAGAUGCCCCUGCAGCUCGUCAAGACAAAAAACCCUGAGCAAAGGAUAGUGGAAACACUGCAGCACAUAGUCCUGAAUAACCAACAAGAUUUCCAUGAUGAUGUUCCAUACAGAUUCUUGGAGCUCGUGCAGCUCUGCCGGAUAGCAAGUGCUGAUGCUCUUGAGUCCAUCUGGAGACAAUUGUCAGAUAAACCCCGAUACAGGAGAUGGCUUCUGAGUGCAGUUUCUGCAACAGGCAACACAGAAGCACUCAAAUUCAUUAAGAACAGAAUUCGCAAUGAUGACCUUAACUACCUUCAGACUCUUCUAAGUGUUUCUUUUGCUCUCCAUUUAAUGAAAGCUGAUGAACACAGUGUUCCAAUAGCAGCAGAUUUAAUGACCAGUUCUCGGAUUCAGAAAAGUCCCAUGCUUCAGCAAGUUGCCUGCUUGGGAUAUAGUUCUGUGGCCAAUAGAUACUGUUCUCAGACUUCAGCUUGUCCUAAAGAAGUUCUUCAGCCCAUCCAUGACCUGGCAGAUGAAGCAAUCAGCAGGGGCCGUGAAGACAAAAUGAAAUUAGCUCUGAAGUGCAUUGGCAACAUGGGAGAACCAGCCAGCAUCAAGCGUAUCCUCAAGUUCCUUCCAAUAUCUUCAUCCAGUGCUUCUGAUAUCCCAAUCCACAUUCAGAUUGAUGCCAUAAUGGCCUUGAGAAAAAUAGCGUGGAAGGACCCCAAAACAGUGCAGGGAUAUCUCAUCCAGAUCCUUGCAGACCAGGCGCUUCCCGCCGAAGUGCGAAUGAUGGCUUGUGCUGUUAUCUUUGAGGCAAGGCCUGCCCUUGCUUUAAUAACAACCAUAGCCAAUGUGGCAAUGAAGGAGAGCAAUCUGCAAGUGGCCAGUUUUGUGUAUUCCCACAUGAAGGCUUUGUCAAGGAGCAGAUUGCCAUACACCUACAACAUCUCUUCAGCUUGCAAUAUUGCCCUCAAGAUGCUGGCCCCCAAGUUGGACAGGCUGAGCUACCGGUAUAGCAAGGUCAUGCGGAUUGGUGGUUACUUUGAUAACUACAGAAUUGGUGCUGCUGGAGAUGUCUUUGUUAUGAAUAGCCCAGGAACAAUGUUCCCAUCAGCAAUAAUUUCCAAGCUGAUGGCGUAUUCUGCAGGGUCAGUGGCUGAUUUGGUGGAGGCUGGCAUUCGCGUGGAAGGCCUCACAGAUGUCAUCAUGAAACAAAAUAUCCCAUUUGCUGAAUAUCCUACAUACAAAAAGAUAAAGGAGAUUGGAAAAGCUCUGCUGGGGUGGAAGGAGCUGCCAACAGAAACCCCCUUGAUAUCAGCCUACUUGAAACUAUUUGGCCAAGAGCUGGCCUAUGUCAACAUCAAUAAGGAAGUCCUCCAGCAGACUAUGAAGUCUGUGCUAGAGCCUGCAGACAGGAGCACAGUGAUGAAGAGAAUCGCCAGCCAGCUCCGGAAUGGCGUGGCAGGGCAAUGGACACAGCCGGUGUGGCUGGGAGAGCUGCGGUACCUCAUCCCCACCUCCACGGGGCUGCCCCUGGAGUACGGGUCCUACACGACUGCUCUGGCACGAGCAGCAUUCCAGGUGGAUGGAAAGAUGACUCCCCCUUUAACUGGAGAUUUUAGGCCCUCCCAGUUGCUUGAAUCCACCAUGCAGAUUCGGGCUGACAUAAACCCAAGCUUAUACCUACAUACAGUUGCGACUAUGGGUGUCAACACAGAAUACUUCCAAAAUGCUGUUGAAAUUCAAGGCAAGGUUCUGGCAAGAGUGCCAAUGAAGUUUGAUGCCAAGGUAGACAUGAAACUGAAAAAUAUUAAGAUUGAAACAAAUCCGUGCCAUGAGGAAUCUGAGAUAGUGGUUGGCAGCCAUAAGGCUUUUGCUGUAUCAAGGAACAUAGGAGAACUAGGUGUUGAAAAGAGAACCUCAAUUCUCCCAGGAGAUGCUUCAACAAAUAUUGUGGAUGAACCUUUCAAACCAUCAGAGAAAGCUUCCAGUGAAGGUUUCACAAUGCAAGGAGCUGACAGCAUGCCAAGAAAACAUGCCUAUGGCUCUCAAGAGGAUCUUCACCGUGACACAGGAAGAAAAACUCAUAAACGAGACAUUUGCAUCAAACUGCAUCAUAUUGGUUGUCAGCUCUGCUUUUUCAGAAGGUCACAAGAUGCCAGUUUCCUAAAAAAUACAUAUUUGCACAGAUUAAUUGGAGAACACGAAGCUAAAAUAGUCUUGAUGCCAGUUCAAACAGAUGCUGAUAUUGACAAAAUACAGCUGGAAAUUCAGGCAGGAUCCAGAGCAGCUUCCAAAAUAAUUCAUGUUGUAAACUCAGAGUCUGAGGAAGAGAAUGAGUCAUCUCCAUAUGAGGACAUUCAAGCUAAGCUGAAGAAGAUUCUAGGCAUUGAAAAUGUGUUCAAGAUUGCAAAUAAAACACAACACCGGAAGAAGCAGCCUUCUAAGAAAGAAAACACUGUGCUAAGAGAGCUUGGGACAGACCCUGAUGAAAAAUAUCCCUCCAGGUCAUCUUCUGCCUCCUCAGCAGUCUCCUCUUCUUCAUCAUCUGCUGCUUCUGAUCUUAAAAAGGCUGUGGAUGGAGAUGAGAAUAAUCAAGUAAAACAAACACGAAACAAAGAUGCAAGUAGCAAGAGCAGUAGCAGUAGUAGCAAGAGCAGUAGCAGUAGUAGCAAGAGCAGCAGCAGCAGCAGCAAGAGCAGCAGUAGCAGUAAAGAUAGCAGCAAGAGCAGCAGCAGCAGCAGCAAGAGCAGCAGCAGCAGCAGUAGUAGUAAAGAUAGCAGCAGCAGCAAGAGUAGCAGCAGCAGCAAGAGUAGCAGCAGCAGCAGUAAAGAUAGCAGGAGCAGUAAAGGUAGCAGCAGCAGCAGCAGUAGUAGUAGCAGCAGCAGCAGUAGUAGUAGCAGCAGCAGCAGUAGCAGUAGUAGGAGCAGCAGCAGCAGGAGGAAGUCAUCAAGCCAUCAUAGCCAAAGGCAUCACUUAAAGCAUCUGAAUGGCAGCGGCAGCAGCAGCAGCAGCAGCAGCAAGUCAUCAAGUCACCAUAGCCAUUGGCAUCAUUCAGGACAUCUGGAAGAUGGCAGCAGCAACAGCUAUUCCAAAAUAUGGGAAGAGCAUGAGAUUUAUCAGUAUCGCUUUAGAUCAGCACACAGACAAGAGUUCCCAAAAGAGAAACUUCCAGCUGACGAACUUAGCAGCACCUACUCUUCUAGCAGAUCUAGUCAUGCCUCAUCUCGAGAUGCUUCCCAGCCUAAGUUUUUGGGAGAUGUUAAAACACCAGUGUUGGCUGUUUUUCUUCAUGGCAUUCGUAAUGAUAGGAAGAUAGGAGGCCUCCAGCUCGUGGUGUAUGCUGAUACUGACCCCAUCACUCCACGAAUGCAGCUGUUCAUAUCAAACCUCACAGAUACAAGCAAGUGGAAGCUCUGUGCUGAUGCUUCAGUCCUCAAUGCUCACAAGGCAGCGGCCUACCUGAAAUGGGGCCGGAACUGCCAGGAUUACAAGAUUGCAGCUGAGCUGGUAACAGGGCAGUUUGCUGCCCACCCUGCUGCACAAGUGAAACUAAAGUGGCCUAAAGUUCCUUCAAGUGUCAGAUCCAUGGCAGAAUGGUUUUACAAGUUUAUCCCUGGUGCUGCUUUUAUGCUGGGUUUCUCUGAAAAAAUGGACAAGAAUCCUUCACGACAAGCCAGUCUCAUUGUGGCUCUAACUUCUCCAAGGACAUGUGAUGUUGUUGUCAAGCUUCCUGAUAUGGUCCUCUAUGAAAAAGCUAUGAGGCUUCCCCUGUCACUCCCUGUAGGUCCAAUGAUCCCAGCUUCAGAGUUGCAGCCUCCCAUCUGGAAUGUCUUUGCUGAAGGCCCCUCUGCAGUGAUUGAAAAUUUAAAAGCUUCCUGCUCUGUUACCCACAACAAGAUCAAAACCUUUAAUGAAGUUCAGUUUAACUACACAAUGCCAGCAAACUGCUACCACAUCUUGGCUCAGGACUGUAGCCCAGACCUCAGGUUCCUGGUGAUGAUGAGGAAUGCUGAUGAAGCUAUGAACCUGAAAGCAAUUGACAUCAAGCUUGGCAGUCAUGAAAUCGAUAUGAAGCCUGUGGAUGGGCAGGUGAAACUGCUGGUGGAUGGGGCUGAAAGCCCCAAAAGAAACAUCUCAUAUGUAUCUUCUGGUGCUUCUCUGUGGAUCUAUAGUGAAAAGCAAGGGCUUGUACUUGUUGCCCCAGCCUAUGGAAUUGAUAAAUUGUACUUCGAUGGACACACAUUUAAGAUCCAAGUUGCUUUAUGGAUGGCAGGGAAAAUGUGUGGACUAUGUGGAAGAUAUGAUUCAGAAUGCAAACAGGAAUAUCGGAUGCCCAAUGGAUAUCUAGCUAAAGAUGCAGUGAGCUUUGGGCAUUCAUGGAUUUUGGAAGAAAAGCUUUGUACAGGAGCCUGCAAACUGCGCCGCUCGCUCGUGAAGCUGGAGAAGACCGUUCAGCUUGCAGGAGUGGAGUCCAAGUGCUAUUCCACAGAGCCUGUGCUGCGCUGUAGGAAAGGAUGUUCUGCCACCAAGACUGCUCCUGUCACUGUUGGUUUCCACUGUCUCCCAGCUGAUUCAGCUACCAGCCUGACGGACAAACAGAUGAAAUUUGACCAGAAGUCAGAGGAUAUGCAGGACACUGUUGAUGCACACAUAGCAUGUUCUUGUGAGAACGAAGACUGCAGUCCAUGAAGCUGUACAUUGUAGCACAGGAAAAAA